CAUUCGUGCUUGGAUUCUAAACAACCCUUUGUUCUGCCGCACCCGCUAAUAGUGAACUUAAAUUCUGCAAAGUUUCGUAGUGUGCCUGGCGUUGCUCGAAAAGUAAUCCUAUCAUCUGUUGCGUCCUUUUCAUCAAGUUAGUUAUAUCCGACACUUCCACGGUCAAUCAUGCACUGCUCUUGGAUCAUGUUACAUGGGGCGUUCUAGUGAGGCCCGAGGAGAAAAAAGUUUUCGAGGGUAGACGGUGAACAUGAAGAGGAAAAGAGGGUUUAGUAGCCUUUAUGCGAAUGGCGGGCUUCUGUAUGGUCAAAUUAAUAAAUGGCGUCAUAAAUCUUAACUGAUACUGCGGCAUCUUAAUAGAUAAGGUUAAAUACCAUAUGGUCAAUGCCGGAUGAUUUAGAGUGAAUUUGACUUCAUCCUGUGUACCAACCACCGAUUUUGUUGAUGGCCCUCCACAUCACUUUCCCUAACUCUGCAGUCAGCUUAGUGAGUCUGCCUAUGUACCUUUCUGUUGUUUAUUGGUUCUUUGGCUGAAUCUGCAAGUCUAGUCUGCUCAUGCACACGCAAUGUUUUUUUUUUGGUAAGGAUGUACACGCAAUGUUCAUUUACCUAAAAUUUGGAAAUUGACCAUGUUUCUGCAAUUUUUGUCACCUGGUUCUUGUUUGUCUGGAAGAUUGGCAUUGGUUUCUGAAGGAUACUUCUAUAACCUGGAAUAUAGAGUCUUUGAGCCUGAAACAACCGAUUGAUAACUGUUUGUAACUUCGUCCGAUGAGGCUUUGGUUAGGUAAUUUACAGUACAUAAGCAGGCAGAGCACAAAGAUCCCCAGCUCAAAAUCUAUUGCCUCAAGAAAUUUACUUCAUUCUAAAGAAGAGAGCACAGCUGCGAACUGUUGCAUUUCCGCACUGUCCGUCUUCAUCCAAUAGAUGGAAAUAGAGCCAAGAAGCUUCAAGUGGCACAAUGGAAGAAAAUCAGGUUUUCAACUCCAGUCAGUGAGAUGUAGCGCAUGUUGGGAGGUUGCAGUACCUUCUAGUGCUGAAUUGGUAUCAUCAAGUUCAGCCACUCUGGCAGACCUAUUCAAUUCUCAUGACGCCGUUAGAAAUUUUAAGCUUGAUGUUCCACAAUUUGCCACAGAUACCCUAAAUGGAUUAGUUAUCGCAGAUCUGGACCCUGCAACAGCGAAGCUAGCGAUUGGGAUCCUGGGUCCAUUUCUCUCGGCUUUUGCUUUCCUUUUUGUUGUGAGAAUAGUAAUGUCAUGGUACCCGAAACUUCCUGUUGGGAAGUUCCCUUAUGUAAUUGCUUAUGCUCCUACGGAACCACUUCUCAUACCAACAAGGAAGCUGAUCCCUCCCCUCGGUGGUGUUGACGUGACUCCAGUUGUUUGGUUUGGACUGGUCAGCUUUCUGAAUGAAAUACUAGUGGGUCCACAAGGACUUCUUGUCCUUCUGUCUCAGCAAGUCGGCUGAUAAAAUUUUGUACUAUGAACGUAUAUGAUAAUAGAUGAAUUCUUUGUUCA